AUGGCCGACUACGUGCGGCGCAAUGACAAGCAGUGCAAGAUCGGCAUGGACGAGGACAGCUGCCACCGCCAGACGCACUAUGCCGACGUCACCGUGCAGCGCAGCCGUUAUGUGCUGGGCUUCGUCGGCACGCGGGCUGACGACGUGGCCGGCGCGCUCCGAACGGCCAUCCUGGUGCUGCAGGGCAAGCCGCCCGAGGGGCCGCCGCACUUCAAGAGCAAGCGCGAGGCCCUGAUCGUGCUCGUCCAUCUGGUAGGCGACCUGCACCAGCCGCUGCAUGUCGGCUCGCUCUACCUGGACCCGAAGGGCCAGCGCCUGGACCCCGACAAGACAGGGCUGGACGUGGCCAGCUUCACCGUGGGGGGCAACAGCCUGUGGGUGGUGGGCGCACCGAAACCUCCCGUCCCCGCCUCGGGGCCCAACCCGCCCGUCACGGCCGGCUUCGGCCCGCCGAAGCUGCACACGCUGUGGGACGGCGUGCCCGACAAGUUCAAGCCGCAGCGCGUGGAUGCCGCCUGGCUGGCGCAGGCCCGCCAGGUCGGCGGUGUCGCCGCCCAUCAGCCAGAUGCCGUCGAGCUGCGUCUGCGGCAGGCCAUAACCCUGCGGCGCGUGGCGCUGCGGCAUGCCGCCGAACAGGGUCGUGCCCAUGCGCUCCCAUUCGUCGGCAAAGCCCUGGCCGCCGAGACGGCGCAGCACGCCGUCCAGGCAGACAUAGCUCGUCUGGCCAUCGCAGCCGGCCAGGAUCUGCUGCGCCCAGGCACUGCCGUAGCGGCGGUUCAGGAAGGCCGCGAAGCUGCCGCCCACACCGUAGUUGUAGCUGUCGGUGCUGCUCGCCCAGUCGAUCAGCGCGACGCCGGCGCCCGAGCGCACGUAGUUGGGCAUGCGCGUGCGGAUGAUCUUGUUGCUGCCCGGCGUGAUCGUCUCGGCCAGCAGGUCCUCGGUGGCCAUCGCGGAGGACUCCUCCAGCCAGCUGUCGUGCGCGGUGUUGCGGCGGAUGGAGCGCUGGUGGUAGUUCACCAUGUGCGUCAGCUCGUGCACCAGCGUGGAGGCAUAGAAGGUCGGGUCGCGCGCCAGGCCCGUGCCGUUGAUGAAGAAGGCCAGCGCCUCGUUGGAGUUGACGUAGCGGCUGCUGCGCGUGCGCAGCGAGUUGUUGAUGCCGUAGAAAUAGCCGGCCACGCCGCCAUCGGCACCCAUCUGGUCGGUCACGACGAUGUGCACGUCCUGCGGGUCGGUGGCGGUUUCCUGGAUCAGCCAGGGCCGGGCUGCGACCUCGGUGCUGCCCCAGACGUCGCCCAGCAACGCCACCGUGCGGGCGAAGCCGCCUUGGUCGCCGCAGAAGCUGGUGCGCAGCGGCUCCAGCUGGGCGGCCUGCACCGUGCGGGCAUCGCUGAGCUUCUGGUCCACCCAGAACACGAGGCGCCGCUUGCCUGCGGCGCAGCUGCUGACUGCCGUGGCCGUGAAGGGCACGGGCUUGGCCGGAUCGUCGAAGAGAUCGUUCCA